UACCCUCCAAAUAAUACAUUAGAAAAAGGGAGCGAGAGGGAGCGAAGGAAGAUGCAGAUAAACCCACAUCCCCGCUCCUCGCUGACGGUUUGAUUAUUUGAGCACGGCAAAGAGCUCCGGGGGGCUGCGGCCCUCGGCCGUGGCGGCGGGGCCAUGGGGCAGCCGAGCCGCCGGCCGGGCAGCGCUGCGAGGGGCUGGGUUUUCACAUGCUGAUCCGCAAAUAAAUAAAUAAAAGGAAAUAUGCACACGAGAAGCCUGAUCCCAUUGUAAUUUCCAUUGCAAAGGGGGAAAAUAUACACAUACAUUAUAUAUAUGGAGAUGCAUUGAUUGCAUGGAAUUCAACAAGCAAGUGGGGGAUUCAGCGAAGGAAGCUCGUAACAUGGCGGAUAGCGAGGAAGGCUUUGGGCUCCCGACCACGCCGGCUGAUUCGGAGGCCAAAGAGCUCCAGGCUGAAGCCAAGCAGGACACUCAGCUGGGGGCCACCAGCAAGUCCCCCACCUCGCCCCAGGCAGCCUUCACCCAGCAGGGCAUGGAGGGGAUAAAAGUGUUUUUGCACGAAAGGGAACUGUGGCUGAAAUUUCACGAAGUGGGGACGGAGAUGAUCAUAACAAAGGCCGGGAGGCGUAUGUUCCCCAGUUACAAAGUGAAGGUCACUGGACUUAAUCCAAAAACUAAGUACAUACUGUUGAUGGAUAUUGUACCAGCGGAUGACCACAGAUACAAAUUUGCAGAUAAUAAAUGGUCCGUGACGGGGAAGGCAGAGCCGGCCAUGCCCGGGCGGCUGUACGUGCACCCUGACUCCCCGGCCACCGGCGCCCACUGGAUGAGGCAGCUGGUUUCCUUCCAGAAGCUCAAACUCACCAACAACCACCUCGACCCCUUCGGACAUAUCAUCCUGAACUCCAUGCACAAAUACCAGCCUCGGCUCCACAUCGUGAAAGCGGACGAGAACAACGGCUUCGGCUCCAAGAACACCGCCUUCUGCACCCACGUCUUCCCGGAGACCGCCUUCAUCGCCGUCACCUCCUACCAAAACCACAAGAUCACCCAGCUAAAGAUUGAGAACAACCCCUUUGCGAAAGGCUUCCGCGGCAGCGACGACAUGGAGCUCCACAGGAUGUCCAGGAUGCAGAGUAAAGAGUACCCGGUUGUUCCCAGGAGCACAGUGAGACAAAAAGUGUCCUCGAAUCACAGCCCCUUCAGUGGCGAGACCAGGGUCCUUUCUGCCUCCUCCAACCUGGGCUCCCAGUACCAGUGUGAGAACGGGGUGUCGAGCACCUCCCAGGACCUGCUACCGCCUGCCAACCCCUACCCGAUCUCCCAGGAGCACAGCCAGAUCUACCACUGCACCAAGAGAAAAGAUGAGGAAUGUUCCACCACCGAGCAUCCCUACAAGAAGCCCUACAUGGAAACUUCUCCGGCAGAAGAGGAUCCUUUCUACAGGUCCAGUUACCCCCAGCAGCAGGGACUGAACACUUCAUACCGGACUGAAUCAGCCCAGCGCCAAGCAUGUAUGUAUGCCAGCUCUGCUCCCCCCACGGACCCCGUGCCCAGCCUAGAAGACAUCAACUGUAACACGUGGCCGAGCGUGCCAUCCUACAGCAGUUGCACAGUGUCUGCCAUGCAGCCGAUGGACAGGUUACCCUACCAGCAUUUCUCUGCCCACUUCACCUCGGGGCCGCUGAUGCCGCGGCUCAGCAGCGUGGCCAACCAUACCUCUCCCCAAAUAGGAGAUACCCAUAGCAUGUUUCAGCACCAAACCUCGGUUUCUCACCAACCCAUCGUCCGGCAGUGUGGACCUCAAACCGGUAUCCAGUCUCCCCCCAGCAGCUUACAGCCCGCAGAGUUCCUGUAUUCCCACGGCGUGCCUCGAACCCUUUCGCCCCACCAGUACCACUCGGUCCACGGCGUGGGUAUGGUGCCAGAGUGGAGCGAGAACAGCUAACAAGGCGGUCAGGAGAGUGCAAGAGCAUUAGCCAUGGGAGAAAAAAAAAAUGGGAAAAGGAAAAAAAAAAAACAACUGUCGCUAAUAAAAACGAGAGUAUUUUGCAAGACUCCUUUUAACUGAAUGUUCACCGAUAGCACUCGAGAGGGACGGACACUGAUUGAAACCACAGAUGAAAUAGUCAUCGGCCUCGGUGUGACUUGCUCCCCGCCCCCCCCCUUUUUUUUUCUUUUGUUUCAAAAGAAAAAUCAACAGAUCGGCACACUUCUCCCCCGCCACGGUCCCCACCCAGUUUGCGUUGCUGCCACCACCAGCCCUGUGCCCUUGUCGUCCCCCUCCCGCCCUCCUGCUCUUUUUGUUCUUCAAGGGACACCAAACUCCUGCUGCCUUUCUCAACACAGUCAGAGUGCUUGAACGAAAACAACUAGGAUGUUACUUUUUUUUUUUUUGUGGUGUUGAUGUUGACGAUGUUAUAUAAUAAAUAAUAAUAUAUAUAUAUUUUCUUUCAAUUUUCUCAAAAAAAGACACCGGCCCUUUUUACCAAGGGUGGAUUUUGGAGUGGUGUUUCUUUUUUUUUUUUUUUUUUCAUUAGUAUUAUUGUUACUUUUCAACAGAAAGAGGUUUUAUGAACCGACAAAUAAGAAAAGCAGGUACCUACCUCGCCCGGGGCGUUGUACCACGAGUGAAGUCAGUCCCUGCAGGGUGCCGCGUUUCCUUACAAACGCCCCAAAUCACGGCUCUGCAGGAACCAGCCCCGUAAACUCAUCUCCUUUCUCACUUGUGUGUAAUUCUUUCACUCUUCUUUCCUUCCCAUCUCCCGGUCUUUCCCGGUCCAUCAGCUGUCUCUGACGGAAGCAUGGGGUAUCUUUCAAACUCGAAAACAUCCACGGCUUGUCUCCUGCCGAAUUUUUACCGGCAUGCGGAAGGCGAGGCUCUGAGCCAGCUGCGAGGGGGAGGAAAAGGGGUGGGGGGGGGACAGCGAAAGGAAAAACUUUGCUCAUAAAAAUGAUGAUGACGCUUGUUUGCAAUCCUGGACUUUCAUUUUAUUGUGCAUUCUUUUUCUUCCUCUCCAAAAAAAAAAAAAAAAGAAAAAAGAAAAAAAGAAAAAGAGAUACUGGUCUGGGUAUGCUAAGUGAGAUAUUAAAUAAAUGUGUUUAAAAGGAGCAGAAAAUGAUCAUGAGAGGCUGGGAGUGGGGGAGGCAAGAAGAGAAGAAAAAGCAAGUGUGUGUAAGUAAAACUGUCUACUGCAGCAUUUUUCAGGUGUAAAAUUUCCUGGUACUAUUUAUUUAUACAUGGGACUUCAAAUAACUCAUGGUAUGUCACAAACCUAGCAAGCAGCUGAUUCACAGGGGUUAAAAUUUUUAUUGAAACAGAAGUUUGCUUUCUUUUCUUUUUAUUUUUCUCUCCAAGCUGUGCACACUCUAUAUAAUUUACAUAUAUUUUUAAUUAAAAGUAAUUCUAAUUAACGGAAGAGGUAUACCUGUGUGUCAGCAACUGGGAAUGCGGGUGUGAAUGCGUGGG